UGAAAUUUAUCUCUCGUUAGAUCUCGCAAAUGAAGUAGUUGCUCUAACACAAAAAUUGCACCAAUGAUAGCUAAGUACUACUUGUAACGUAUGGGAAAUGAAAACGUCAAAGCUUUGGAAACGGUACAAUCGUCCAUGUGUCAACUCAUAGAGCCGGUUAACUAAAGGACACCUGCUAACCUCUCAGGGUGUGCCGUGCCUUUUUUCGAUUGUCAUUCAAUAUUCAUAUUUUAUGCUUGCUGCCAGAAUGACUAAUUUACGAAAAUUUAUAGAUAUUGGAGCAAAUCUAACCGAUCCCAUGUAUCAAGGAAUUUAUCAUGGUUCACAGAAACAUCAGCCAGAUUUAGAUAAAGUACUGCAGCGCAGUUGGGAUAAUAAUCUUUCAAGAAUUAUUAUCACUGCGGGUAAUAUAGAGGAGAGCAAAAAAGCUUUAGAGAUAGCUAAAACGGAUGAAAGAUUAUUUUCGACGGUUGGUUGUCAUCCAACUCGUUGUAACGAGUUUGAAGAGUAUGAAAAUCCAGAGGAUUAUCUCAAAUCAUUGUCAGACUUAGCAUUGGAAAAUAAGGACAAAGUAGUAGCCAUCGGAGAGAUGGGUUUAGAUUAUGAUAGAUUGCAAUUUUGUCCUAAAGAGAUUCAAAAAAAAUAUUUUGAAAUGCAAUUGUCUUUGUGUUCGAUCUUAAAAUUACCGAUGUUUUUACAUUGUCGUAACGCCAGCGAAGAUUUUGUACGUAUUCUGAGAAAGCACAAGGAUAAAAUAACUCCCGGUGUAGUUCAUUCUUUCGACGGUAAUCCGGAAGAAGCUAAUUCUAUUUUACAAUUGGGAUUGUACAUCGGUAUUAAUGGAUGUUCUCUCAAAACAGAAGACAACCUAUUCUCGAUCACAUCUAUUCCGUCAGACAGGCUUAUGAUCGAAACGGAUUGUCCUUGGUGCGAAAUCAGAGCAACUCAUGCUUCGGCGAAGGAUGUUAUUACUCAUUUUCCUUCUGUUAAAAAAGAGAAAUGGCAACCCGAUCGUAUGGUCAAAGGAAGAAAUGAGCCCUGUACGAUAGUUCAAAUAUUGGAGAUACUUGCUCGUAUCAGGGAUGAAGAGGAAGAAUAUCUUUGCAACCAAAUAUACAAAAAUACAAUGAAAGUAUUUUUUCCAAAUGAUUUAUAAGGUGUGUCGCAAUGAAUGAGUAAUAAUUGCAUAUUUUUCAAGAAAGCACUGUUCAUAUGCAUUUUAUAUGCGUGCCGUAUUUAUUACGAAUAAUCAGGGAUAUAAAAAAAAAAACCACGUUCUAAGUAAGACUAAAAGUUUACCAGAAGCAUUUACUGACAAAUAACGAAAAAUAUAUAUAUAUAUAUAUAAAAAAGAAGAAAGGGCAAAACUCAUUUUUACACGCAUAGCUUUCGUGGUUAUUUUCGGAUACCACAUUCCAUUGAUCUCUUCCUUCACAAAACUACAAUAUAAUAAAUAAGCAUAUACGAGCUAAUUUUUUGGUGCAUUUGGUGCAAUUGUAAAAUAAAUCUACAAACCUAAAUUUGUCCAAAAAUAGGUUCACGUGUGCCUACUUAUUUUUGUUAAAAUUAUUGCUAUUGCCAACAACAACAAUCACCUUUUGUUAAUCAGAUGCACUAUCAUUGAUAUUAUCAUAAUUCUUAUUCUUCUUUAUAUUAUUAUUAUUAUUAUUAGUAUCA